CACCAAUCCAAUCCAUCACACCACACAACACCGCUACGAUGAGUGCAAUCACGGAAGAACCUGAGGGCGUCUUCGAGCCACUCAAGGUCCUCAUCACCCUCCACGACAACAUGGACACCAUGGACGCCGUCGGUCCCUUGGAAGUCUUCAGCUGGGCUCAGCACGAUGCGAAGAACCCAGACUCCAAAGCCUUCCGCACCAUCUUCGCCGGCCCACAAGAGCAUGUCACCACCCUCCAAGGCGCCUCCCUCCGCGCCCACAUCACCUACGACGAAGCUCUGAAGCGUCUCUCCGAGAUCGACGUCCUCGUCAUUCCCGGCGGCUCCCACGAAGACGUCGUCAAGAACAAGAAACAACCCCUCGCCCUCAUCAAAGCCUUCGCCGAACUGCAGAAGAAAAACCCCAACCGCGAACGCUCCCUCAUGUCCGUCUGCACGGGCUCCCUCUUCCUCGCCGAAGCCGGCAUCCUCAGCGGCCUCACCGCCACCACGCACCCGGACUUCAUCACCAAGUUCGAGAUCGCCUGCUCCAACGUGGCUCAGCGCGACAUGGCUGAGCGGGUCGACGUCGUCGAAGAACGCUACGUCGUCAACAACCUCCGCUUCGACCUCGGCGAGAAUGAAGACGAGAACCCAUACGUCUUGACCCGCAAGGAGCUCAAGGAACACAAGCGCCGCAAGAGCUCCGCCGGCGGCAUCUCUCCGAUUGAAGAAGUCACCAAUGGCAGUGGCCGUCGCAUGUCCAACGCUCGCAAGGGCAGCAUGAGUCUCAAGCUCAGCAACAACCGCCGCGAGAGCGUGCUCAAGCGUGCGAACCUCCGUCUGGGAGGGCUCCGUGUGUUGACCACCAGCGGCGUGACGUCCGGUAUGGACGGCGCUCUGUACCUCGUCGGAGCCCUGGUGUCGGACGAUGCGGCUGAUGAGGUGGCGAGGAAGAUGUGCUACAAGUGGCAGAAGGGUAUGGUCGUCGAUGGCGUCGACGUGUAGAGUAGUAUGGACGCUCGUGCUGGCCUGGAUAUCGUGUGGGAAGAGACUCCCGCCGGCAGAGCUUUGUAGGUUAUGAGAUGACGAGAAUACUGAGAAGCUACCUCAGAGAUCAAAGCGCGGAUGGGAACGAUGCCUGGCUUCCGCCGAGAUGCGGAAGGAGGCGAGAAAGGAAAUCAAGGAAGAAAACCAAUGAAAUCAAGUAGCUACGGCCCCAAAUGAAAUGAAGU